AUGGAUCUCUUGAAGCAUCACUACCUGUAUUCCCCCCAGCAUCACCCGUAUCGCCUUACAGGCAUGAGAUACGGGGCUGUAUCACCUUACCAAGUGGUCAGCAUUCCGCGAUGCACCUGUGAGUGUUACUGUGAAAGGAGUCGAGUUCAAAUUGUCGACACGGAGGCUCGCAACUUAUCGGAAUCGGACAGAGAAGGACGAAGCAGGGAUCUUGACGAUCUGAAAAACGGUAUGUAUCAAUGACUAUUCAGCCAAAAGAGUUUCCUAAACGUAAUGCACCUUUGGGAUGAUAUAACCUUGACCAACACCCCCACUAAAUGAUUGAUGUCUUUAUCGCGCUUUUAGAGUUCUCAACAUCCGGUUUUCAUCAUAACCUAGUAUUUAGCGCAAUUUAAAGGCUUGUCGCAGUGUUUAUAAAGCUUAUUUUCUCAGAGUUUCCAAUAUCGAGCCUUUAAUGUUCUGUUUUCAGUGUAAAGCUUAGAUGUAAGCGCAUAACCAAGUGAGAUCUGAUAUCCAAUUGAUGGAUUUUUAUCAGUAAAAGUAAUUAAAACAACAGCAUUAGGGGUUAAUUUCUACAUGUUUUUUUUAUUUUUACGGUCAGAGUGAGCAGUGCGGUUUUUAUUUGCGAAAAUGAAGCAAAGUUUGCUUUGAUUUGGUCGAAAGAUUGUGCAACUGGGGUUAAUCGUAGUAUUGGCCACUCAGUUUUUACCACUGAAGAAAAAAAUAUAAUUACAUAUCGCACGGCCAAAGCAAUUUGUAUUCGAGAGUGUUUAAAUGUCAAUUUUCCUUGUAGUCAAAAAGGCAGAUGGUUUUAUAACGCAGGGGACAAUCUUUUCCUCUCCAAAUGGGUUUUGUUUUGUAGGUUUUUCGCUUUUAAAAAUCACAAUAGCAAGAUCGAAUUAAUAAUGAGCUGAGAUUUUCUAUUCCACUCAGGCUCUUUUGUGUCCAUCUAAUCCGGUUCAUGACCGACUAAUUUCAGGUGAAUUUAAUAGCCAAGUGUUCUUCCCUACAACCACUAAUGCGAGCCCUGAUUAAAGCUUACUUUUAUCCACACUUCUCAGAUAACUGGCGUCUUUUACACCGAUUUAUUUAAUGUCGCUUGAAUCAUUCUUGAGGCAGUUCCGAAGCGCACGCACUGCGUUUUUUUUUCUUUUCAAUUAUUUUUAACAAUAAAUAAAACAUAUUUUCUGCUUUUACUGAUUUCCAUGCAAGUAAGUCCUUAUAAACUAUUAAACGGUAUUUUAUGCGCAUUAUUAACUUGCCCUGUUUUCUGCUAAUAAAAUAUUGUUUAUACUAAUGAGUCUUAUUAGCGAAUGAAAAAUUAGUAAAAUGCAUUACUGAGGCAAAUCUCAACUUCUCAAUUUUUAUGGCUUUUUUUGUUUAAUCUUUUUUUCUUCUGUUUGAUCUCAGCGAAAUAAAAAUUUUGUCUUUAAGUGGUUUUUGGUGCGUUUUUGAGCGCAAAUGUUCAGUUAAACUAAUGGGGACAACUCGGUCUUAAACAAUAGCCUGGCGAAUGCGUCAUAUAAUUGAUAGUGUUCAUUUCACAUUCAUUUUAGAGGCAUGAAAAUCAGGGUGGCCAACGAUCAGAAAUAUCAACGAAGCCCUUCAUUCAAUAUCAAUGUUUUCCAAUAUGCCACUCUUUCACAAAUUGAUUUUGACAUAAAAUUCAAGGUAAUUAACUUGGAAAUGAUCUCUUGGUAGCUCGAGCUUUGUGCAGCUGACAGGUUGAGAAAACAUCAGGCCCGCACCUCGAAUCCAUUCUUGUUUCGAAAAAUACACAAAAGCCAAAUCUUAAUAUCAACCUUGAUACAAAAAUUCACACCAACCAAGUAUUUCUUAAUUACCUCAUUAUCGCUCCUUCCUAGCUCCAGAACAAACGUGUUUAAUUUGUUGGGGUAUAAAUCAUCGACUUGAGAUCGUUCAGAUAUAGCUAUUGCAGUUGUUAUAAUCCCCACAACUUGACGAUUAAUAAAAGUGUUUAGUGGCAUUGCCGAAACGACUGGGAAGAAAUAAUCAUGAUUAAACUGAUUAGUCUUGCUACAUCGUAUGAUCGACAUUCUGCUCUAAAAUCUUCACAUUUUUUUCUGUUGAAAAUGUUUAAGCAUCACGUUUUUCAAUAUACUGAUACUGUAAGCGAACGCAUAGAACACCAAGCUAAUUUUCAAACUACUGGGAUAGAAUCAUAAAAACAAUAUAUGAAGUGCCGCUGUUAACGUUGCGUCUCAAUCAGUCAUACUAAACGUGUAACUCGUUGGCAUACAUUGAAUUCAACUAGAGUCGUAAAUGACCGGGAAACUCCUGUGAAACUGCAUAAAAAACUAUCCGGCAAAGCUUGAGGUUUUCAUAAAGAAAAUAAAAGAUAAUUUAAGUCUAACAAUUUAGGCUUUGGAAUCUAUUUCUUUGUGCACGGUUUCUCUUUUUCCUCACGCUUUUAUCCGUCUCUGUAUCCUUCUUAAUAUUUGGAGUACACUUUAGGUCAAAAGCGAUUAUAUUUUUCCAUAGAAUUCUUCUGAGGCAGAAUUGAGAUUUAUUUCAUAGUGUCCUAAUGGAGGCUAAAGCGUGUACAAAGUAUUCAUUUGAAAUCUCAUAGAUAUCAUUUGCAUUGUUUCAACUGAUUUCGACCAUAUUUCAAGAAAGGGCGUUAUUUGUCUCUAUAUAUCCUGAAACUCAUGAUACUGUGAAUAGCAAUAAUACUAAUACAUCAAAAGUCAUGCGACUCCGCAAAAGUCCCACAAAGUUCCUGGUUAUUGAUUUUUUUGUCCAGUAUAGAAUAACAAUAGGAAUAAGUCUCGUCUUUGAUUGCCGUUAAUGGUUUAGGUAAAGGUCACUGUUUUAAAGCGUAUUGUUCUUUAGUUUUGUCGAUAUGUCCACAGUAUGGGCUUAUAGUUCGCGACAAAAUAAAAUAAAGUGAAAUAAACAUGAAUGAAUAAAGAAUGAAGGAGAAACUAGGAAUUUCAAAUAUGUGAAAGUGGGCGCUGGUGUUUAAAUUGGAAGAUGUACAACCCGGGAGGAAAUAAGCGCUAAACUUGAAUUUCUAUAGAGAAUAAGAUACUAGAAAUGGGACAAUAGAUAUCACGCAAUUUAUCUAAAUUAAACUGGGUUGCUCUUUGUGUACUCGUAAAUUGAGCUGUUGUUUCUCAUAAAAACAUAAGGAAUGAUGAGGAAAUAUUAGAGGCCAAAGAAAAAUUUUACAAAAAAAUCAUCAAAAUUUCUUUUUAAAAUAUCUUGACAAAUAAAUAUUACUAUUCAAAAGUUCUGGAAAAGAGGUUUCGUUUGAAUGGUAACACCAGAGGAUUUGGUCCAUUGAUUUAAAAAAGUUAAGAUGACGAAUUCUCUAGCCAGUCGGCAUUACUGGUCUUAAAGUGGAGAGUUAAAACUAAAAGCUAUAGAAUGAGAUACAUAAGGGCUACAUAAGAUAGAUUCUAUCCUUAUGUUAUGCUUUUUCAGUCCUUUUGUUCAAAUGUCAUCGUUAAAAGAGCAUGAAUUCAACCUAUCUAUUCUUUAAUAUUUUCACUAAUCAUUCCAGAUCGGCUAAUUAAACACAAGACGAACUAGUUUUUCCCUUUAAUAAUUGGCGAUUUUGCUCUGUGUGCAGUUUAAUAAAUGAACAAAGGCAAGAAUGGCUAUUAUAAAUGAUUUUACUAUGUUAGGUUAAAAGACAUCAUUUUUCUAUGACACUUUCAGAUAGUAUGUUUUAUCACCUUUCCUGAAGUAUUCACACGUGUCCAGCUGAGGUUAAACAAAGGCAUUCUGUUGCGCUGUAUAAACGAAGAUGUGUCUAUACGAGUAAAUAAUACCUUUUGCGAGAUGACAUUUGUUGGCUGAUCUUUUAGUAUCCAUAAACGCGUAAUUGGAUGGCUUAACUUUUUUUUUAGCAAAAUCCGGUUAACAGCAAAACCAAUUCGCCACUUUAGAAAGGAAACUGGGUCGAGUUAACCUCCGCAAAGACUUCUGGGACUGUUGCAAGGGACUGGGAAAAAAAUUGGCCAAUAGCCGACAGGCGCGUCCCCAGUAACGAUCCCACAAACAUGAAUUGCGGGACGCAUUUCGGCUCCAGCCUGAUGUUGAGCGCGGGAAGAUAUAACGGCAGGUCCAAGAGAACGCGAGAAUUAAUUAAAGGGAGUAAGUCGAAGGGCAUGCAUCCUGAAGCUAGCUCUGGUAAAUAUUCAGUCGCAAUUGCGGGAAAUGAUUAAGAUUUAACGGCACGCAAGGGCGGGAAAAUAUUAAGAAGUACUACUAGAAUAGUUAGAUGUCGACGAGGUCUUGUUCCUUACUGGCUAAAAGAAUGACGACGAAAGUACGGGAAAAUAUUCAACCGCAAGGGCGGGAAAACGUUCAGUAGUGCUAGCAGUAUAGUUAGGAAAGACGCACAUAUAGAGGUCGAUGUAGUCUUGUUCCUGAUUGGAUGAUGGCUCUGAUGGUUUGUCAGAGCCAUUGCACGAAUUUUAACCUGUGUACAAAAAUCAGCGAAAAUGAAACGGAAACAAGCUUCCAUAAACUAGCAAAAAAACGCUAGUGACGAUAAUGGUCGUGCAAUACUGACACAUGCUCUUGCUGACUUUAUUUAUUCUUCGUUGGGCUAUUAAUUUAAUACAAUUAUUUCUUUGCUGGAAUGUUUAAAGCUAUAGCGGAGAAGCUCUUGUUGCUAAUAACACCACUGAUUAACACAUAGUGACAGUGACUUCUUCAUUUAAACUGACCUAAAAAAUCAAGACGUUUUCCUCAUAUUGACAGGCCUUGUUACCGUGCAACUGUGUGUGUGUGCAUGUGAGGGGGUGGGGGCAUUUCUAGUCUUUUCUUUUCCUUUUCAUCUUAUAUUGUUACAAUAGCAGAUAAGCCAAGAUUUUAAUUCUCUUUUUAACUUGUAUCUAGAUUUCUGUCUCGACAAAACUGGCAGACGAAACCGAACCACCUACAAAAGAUGGCAAAUUGAUGAGCUUGAGCGUGCGUUCUCUCUCAAUCCGUACCCGACCAGCGUGUUUAAGAAGACUCUUGCGUUAAGACUCGGUCUGAGGGACUCGCGAGUACAGGUAAUCUUCGUUUUUGCAUUCAUAAAAGAGCUGACUCGUACCAAGUCGCUUCUUUAUAUUCCCGCUGUUAUUAAUGGCAAGGAUUUAGCGAGUUCGCGGUGCAUUAAGGGAAUGAAGAAAAACCCUUCUUCGCAAGCGCCAUUGCGCGCGUCGAUCUUCCUUUCCAUAUUCCUUUGCGAGAUUAAGUGGCGACUGGAUACGAAUCAGGAAUUUACCUGUUUUCCUGAGCAGUCUUUUAAAAUAGGGAAGUCAUGUCAGGUAAAGCGAAGUCAAGAAAGUUUUUAAAAGUAAGAUAAAAUUCAAUUGAGAAAAUGUAGGUGUGAUGGAAUUAAAUAAGAUAAAGUCAAGUCGUAUCAGGAAAUAGUGAAAGGGGAAAUUAAAGAGAUUUCGACUAGAGUCAAACAGUUUUAAUGUCGACAGAGCUCAACUUUUUUUCGAACACUUCCUAGGUUUGGUUUCAAAACCGCCGAGCGAAGGCGAAGCGAGAAAGGCAUGGCGGGAUAUCAGAAUGCUGCAGCAACGAUACAGAAACCGAGCUCACUGAGGCAGAAGACGAGCAAUCAGAACACGUGACUGAACACGUGACAGAGGGCAACGAAAACAAAGAUUCUGAACAAGAUGUGGAUGUGGAUUAAGCCUAGUCAAGAGAACAUACAGUCACUCCUCCACAAAACAUCCACACAAAGCGCGAGGAUGCAGUGCAGCCAAUCUUCAGCAGAUAUAAUUAAUUUGUAUUUGUUUCUGGUUGGCUAGAAUCACCCUGCGUCACUUUUUCAGCUUAUCAAAAAAGAAAUAUUUGUUUUUCCGUGCUUACAUUGUUAUCAAGUUCGGAUCAGUUUGACAUUGGUCUGCGUGUGUUCCACGUUGUGAUUAGCUAGUCCUGUUUUACUGUUACGUUUCGUUUUACGUUACGUUACGUUGAAAAUCGCGCUAUUCCCCGCAUAAAAUACAGUAAUACUUUCUAAUACGGACACCGAAGGGACAGAACCAAGUGUCCGUAUUACAGAGGUGUCCGUUUUGUAGAAGUUAGAAUUGCAUUUAGUUUGGUGUCUUUUUGAUGAGGAGAAAUGUCCAUAAUAGAAAUUAGCCUGCAAGAAGGC